AAAUAUAUAUAUAGACAACCGCGUGAAGGGCCUCAAUUCCUUUGGGUUUUUCUACGAACAAAUAAAUUCUCUGAAACCCCGCGGUAUUAAUUUUGCAGCGUACCGCCAGAUCUCACUCUCCUCCACCAAUGGCUUCUCCACCGACACUUCCGAUUUCCGGCCAUCAGUCGGCCACCGGAGCUCCAUCUCAGCCGCCCAUCGCCACCCCGGCCUUCCGCGCAUUUCUCUCUCGGUUAACUUCCUCCGUCCGCCAAGGCUUCUCCCAACGCCGCCCUUGGUCGGAGCUCGUCGAUCGGAGCUCCUUGGCUCGUCCCCUCAACCUAUCCGAAGCCUAUUCCCGGAUCCGCAAGAACUUUUCAUAUUUCCGUGUCAAUUAUAUCACUCUCUUGACCCUUGUUCUCGCUUUUUCUCUCCUCUCCCAUCCGUUCUCUCUCUUGACUCUUCUUGCCCUCCUCGCGGCUUGGAGUUUUCUCUACAUUUUCCGUCCUUCCGAUCAGCCUUUGGUUAUUCGCGGCCGUACUUUUUCCGAUUUCGAGACGUUGGUCGGGUUGGGGGUUCUGACUGUGAUUGUUGUGUUUCUCACUAGUGUUGGAUCGCUUCUGAUAUCGGCGUCGAUGAUUGGAUUUUCCAUUGUGUGCAUUCACGGUGCGUUUAGGCUUCCAGAGGAUCUCUUCCUUGAUGACCAAGAGCCUGCAAAUGGAGGGUUCCUAUCAUUUCUCGGUGGCGCGGCCUCCGCUGCUUCAGCCGCAGGUCCUGCAAUUGCAGCGCGUGUAUAGCCAGAUCCUGAUCGGCGCCUGAUGGCAGUUUAAUCAUGGUCAUGAAGCAAAGGCAUUUUACCACAUUCAAGUCGAAGUGCCUUAGGCUAGACACUGAGUUGAGCAAAGACGUGCCUUCACUGAAUCUUAUGGUCAAAACUGCUAUUAUGUAAGUGGGUGAUUGUGUUGAGUUGGUGACUUGGUUGGACAAGUUGAGUUGACCUCUAUUUCAAAGAACUAAUGCUGAAGGGGAACUGGAGAAAACCAUCAAGUUUCCAACCCAUUCGACUCUUCCUAGGCUUCACUUGUUGUCAGCAACCUGAUAUGAGUUAUAUCCAGAUAGAUUUGGGCUUGUUCAAUCCUUCAAUUUGCAGGUUCGAUGCAAUUUUACAGUAGUUAUUGGUUUCAAAUGUUUUUCUAGUUUGUGUUCGUGUUCGUGUUCUUGGAUGCGUUUGAUAUAUCUCUAUGAAGUAUGAGAAAUCCUACCCCAUAGUUAUGUA